AAAAUAAAUCUUGUAAGUAGGUGAGAAAAUAUAUGUCACUGACCUGCACCAUACUUCCUGUUUGAUGGCUGAUCAUUGACACAACAAGGAAAUUGAGUUGGGUGAUUUUCUACAUUAUUUGACCAAUCAUAGGUCGGAGACAGCUGAUUGUCAUAAAUAUUGAUAAUUAGUAAUUACCGAGGAUGCCCCUGUUUGGCAAGAAGAAAAGGGAGCAGCUUGUGGAGCAGCCGCAAGCGACGAACCAGGAACCGCCUUCCGCACCUCCACCGGGGGAGAUGAGCAACGCAGUGUCCCAGGCUAAUGGGUCGGCUACCAAAGGGGGCCAAAAACCAAACGUUCAACCAGCAGCACAGCAAAACAACAGGCCUAAAUUAGUGUUCCAUUGUCAGCAAGCCCACGGCAGUCCCACAGGCAUUAUUACAGGUUUCACAAAUGUGAAGGAACUGUAUCAAAAAAUAGCAGAAUGCUACGAUAUGCCUGCCUCAGAGAUUUUGUUUUGCACUCUGAAUACACACAAAGUGGACAUGGCACGGCUUUUAGGAGGCCAGAUAGGUCUGGAAGAUUUCAUAUUUGCACACGUCAAAGGCCAACCAAAAGAAGUGGAUAUUACCAAAUCGGAAGAAGCACUAGGUCUCACAAUAACAGAUAACGGUGCAGGUUAUGCCUUUAUAAAACGUAUCAAGGAAGGAAGUGUCAUGGACAAAGUGCCUCUGAUAGAUGUUGGAGAUCACAUAGAAAAGAUAAAUGAAACAAGUUUAGUAGGCAGCAGGCAUUAUGAAGUUGCAAAAAUGUUGAAAGAAAUCCCAGUAGGAACUACCUUCACAAUGAGGGUGGUGGGACCCAUGAAGUCAGGAUUUUCUAAUAUUGGUCCGUCAUCUGGUGGUAAGAAAGGAGGAAGCAACUAUGGGUCAGGAAAAGAGACGCUGAGACUACGAUCAAAGGGGCCAGCAACAGUAGAAGUACCUGAUGAGGUAGUGAGUGUGGCCACAGACAAGAUCAACUCACUGUUAGAGUCCUUCAUGGGAAUAAAUGAUACAGAAUUAUCUCAGACAAUCUGGGAAAUCGGCAGUCAAAAAGACAACCCUCACGAUUUUGCAUUAGCCAUGGAUAACUCGGACCUGGGGAUGUUUGGCUUUACAGAUGACUUUGUUUUUGAUUUGUGGGGUGCGAUUUCUGAUGCCAAGAGCGGCCGACUUAAAGAAGUAGCAGAAUUCAGUGAGCAGUUUUAGUACUAGUCCACAUGAAGAUUAACAAUAGUCAUUACCCAGGUUUAUACCUUUUUAAUGCCAAGAAGCUUGUACCACGCCUACAAAAAUGUGAUUCAGAUGUAUAUUUAUGACCACAUAAGGGGUAUUACACAGCACAGGGACCAGAAACCUUAUUAAAGGUUGUCAUGUUAAGAAAAGAUGCAUUUUAGGUAGCAGCAUCACUACUUAUUUGAAUCUUUUAGAAAUGGGGAUGGUGCAGCUCAAUUAAUGUUUAUUGUUGUGAUUGUUGAUGAUGUGUAGAUAUGGAGUUAUAUUGCAGUGUGGCUUCAAGUGGCAGUUAAUCUUUUCAUAAGUGCUUUUUUCUCGAUGUUGUUAUUGCUAUUCAUAAAAGAAAGACUGAUAGCAAGAUGUAGGAACUUUUGCUUAUGUUUGCAAUUGUAGGUUAUUUAAUCCAAUUUGAGCUUCAGAGUAAGGCCUAAGGACUGUAUCAUAGCCACUCACUAUAUGCCAAUGGGAAUCACAGCAAUGUGUCUGUUCUGCAGCUUAUCAGAUCAAGGAUGCCUGUUCUGUAUUUAGCCAAAUUAAAUGAAAUUCGGUUAAACCAAUCUGCAGAUUUAAAUGUUAGGAGCACUAUGUAAAAAUUUUGGCAAGGUUACUUCUUGUGCACAUAUACAAGUGCAUAUUGUGUUCACUUAAUUGUUUAUUACACUGUCUUGCUUUCUUAUUCAUUUUUUGGUAGGUACCAUAUUUAAUCAGAAUUUAGCUAUAUUUAAUUGUUAUUGCACUUUGAAUGUUAUUGUUGUGGAAACAGUUUCCUCAUGUCUAAGUAUAAUUAUUAUAGCUUGUUUGCUUCAUGCUGCAUUCCUUGGUAGUUGAUGAUAAUGGGACCAAGAAAGACAUGAAAUGUGAUAACUUCUUGUUAUUAUUUAUGAAAAUUUAUAAUUGCAGAUUUAUAAUCAUUGAAAGUGGAUGUGAUGAAAAAUGUGUGAAGACAGUAUUUUCUGGCAAGACAAGCCUUUCAGUGGUAUUUUUUGUACCUAGUAGGUAAUCAUUUAAAUUGGGGAGAUCUCAGUAACUAUCCAUAUAGCUAUAUGGUCUAAUGGGAAUAAACCUUAAAGGUAGUUUUUACAGUUGCUUUAAGAUAAUGUGCGGCAUAACUGACUACAAAAGUACAAGCUUUAAUGUAAAGGUGUUUGUUCCUGUGAGAGUCCAAGCACAUGGACAAUACAGGAGUGAGGAGGGAGUCAUUUCCUACAGCUGAUACACUGGAGACAAGCUGUGUCCUAGAUGUUACAGUGGACACAAGUACAGCAAUGUACAGACAUGGAUUUUGUCAGACUGAUAUCAAUGAUAGAUGGAAAAUAAUAAAUUAAAAAGGCACAAUAAUAUAAACAUCAUGCCAGACUCUCAAGAUAAUGAAUAAAACCAAGGUUGGGAAUAAUUGAUUUUAAGUGUAUCAAGGUUUUAAAUGAUGAUUUAGCUAGGGAAAUCAGAACUAUGAAAUGUAGUGUUUUAUCACGUUUUUAUCAUGUUUUAUCACGGGAGUAGUUUACCCUCUUUCUGUUAUGUAGAUCAUAGACGUAUUGUGAAAGCUCCAAUCACAUUAUUUACUUCGAUUUACCUUGAUUAAUGUUACAGAUUCCAGAUACUUUUUUUUUCCAAAAUGUUACUGUGAGCAAGGUUUGGUAUUGUUGAUCUUUUUCACUUCAAAGUAACAUGUUUGAUGUCUUACUAUGUUAUCUUGGAAAGAAAUUAUGUAAAGAGAGUGAUAGUUUUCAAAUUAUAUUGUAUAAUGGAAUUAUUUGAUCCAUUCUAUUACAUUUCUGUGAAAAUUGAGUCAACCCAACUCUUUCAAUGAGCAUUGUUUUGUAUAUUGAUAAGAUCUUGAUUGCAAUCAUUCCAUUGAUUUUAUAUUAAGUCUUUUUGUUUAAUAUGACCUUGGUUGUAUGUUGCAUCUCUUUAUCGUGUGUACAAAGUUUAUUUAAGCAGUGCAUACUUCUAUUAUGGGUGCAAUCUACAAAAUUUGAAGCCUUUAUUCCAGCAUUCAUAGGCAUUUCUUGAUUAAGAGCAUUAUUAAUAUUUAAUAUAUAGCAGAUAAUUGCCUUUUCAUUUCACCAUUACAGAAAUGGUUAUACCAUGUCGUUCAGAUUGUGUCUUGUUCACUACAAUCAAAACUAUCUAGUCAACACUUCCUUUUGUUAAAGGUUAUCUUUGCAAACAUAGGUUUUAGUGUAGAUUUCUAUUUCUUCGUGCCAUGGGAUAGAGUAGAUUGUCCACACUUUCUUUUUUUUCCUGCUCUGUCAUACAAUUCACAUUAUUUCUGGCACUUGCAUUUUAGUGAAAAAAGAGAAGUCUACAAACUUACCUUUUAUCUCAUCAAAUGUUUUAAGUACUAAUAGAGCCCAAAUUCCAUAUAUUUCUAUAUGUAAGCACAUUAUUUGUGUAAUAAACUGUGAUUGAUCACUUAA